AUGAACUGUCUUCGCCCGCCGGUCAUGGAUAAGUCAAACUCGAACAAUUGCUAUAUCGCAAUCGUGGCACCAUCGCCAGAGGACUACGAGACGGCCAGAGCCUUAUUGGGCGAACCAGAGCCAGAAUAUCAUUUGGAAAACUCGGGUGCUGCAUGCUCACUUGGAAAGGUUGGCCCUCAUGAUGUAGUCCUGGUCGGAAAAGCCAAGGACAUGACCAAUGUCUCUGUCUUUGUCAAAAACACUGUCGACGAUUUACUUGAAGCUUUCCCUUCCAUUCGAGCUGGCUUUCUGAUUGGAGUCGAUGCUACAGCACCCGAAGGGAGCCUUGCCAAACCAGGCGAUAUCGUCGUGGCGUUUCCACAAGGUUGUCAACCUGGACAAGUUCAGUUCGACGUGAGUGAGACAAUUGCUUCGAAUCGCAUCUCAACGACUUUUGAAAUGAGCCACCCGUCCUCAUAUAUCAAAUCUGUCAUCAACACCAUCCAAUCUCCGGAGGGUCGCCAGAGCUGGGACCAAUAUCUGCAACAUCAAUCAUCCCGAGCAGAGCUUGCCUGCGCCAAUGAUCAGCAGCCGGCGGAAAGAAAUACCGAUAAAGCCAACAAAAUUUUGAAGGGCAAAGUAGCAUCAUCUACUCAUCUCCUAUCUGAUCGUGAUUUGACCAACAGAGUCGGAUGCGAUAGUAAGAUCAUAUGUUUCGAACGGGCCGGUGCCAGUAUCAAGUCAAGAUUUCCAAUAUUGACUGUCUGCGGUAUACUUAGCUCUACAGAUCCCUAUGCUCUAAAGCUGAAUGACUCUGCGCUACGUCAAAUCAAAAUGGCCACAGUCAAUUAUGCUAUGUUUGUCCCUAAUCAGAUCAAUACCACCCAACUGGAACACGAGCAUGCCUUUAUAGAUCGAUUUCAAUACGAAGCAUUUGAUUUGGAGACUGCUGGAUUUCGAUUGGUACUCCUUGAAAAGGGCGUUCAAUCUCAAUUGCGAUGCCAACUUUGGCAAGCGUAUCUAGACGAUAUCAUCCCUUAUGAAUCACUGUCUUAUACCUGGGGAAGUCAGAGUACUCUUCAUGAGAUCAUAGUAGACAAAAAGAUUUUGUCAAUCACUGAAAGCUUGCACGAAGCUCUCUGGCACUUGAGGAAACCUGACGAGGACCGGAUGCUCUGGGUAGAUGCUCUCUGCAUCGACCAGACAAAUAUCAAGGAGCGCGGUCAUCAAGUCGACCAUAUGAGAGAGAUUUAUGGAAAAGCUGACAAAGUGGUCGCCUGGCUUGGCUAUCUGAGUGGCAAUGCCACAAAGCUGAAAUCUGCUGUCACCAUCCUCGAAGCGAAACUUGCGGAAAUGCCAGGCAUUCCUCGAAAAUGGCCACGCGAAGAUCCCCGAUGGAGGUCCCUGUGGGAACAAGUUGAAGCGAGCCUCGUACCAUCUUGCCGCAAAGAGUUGGUGGAUGGUCUCCAAAGCUUCAUGGGGAAAUCCUGGUUUUCAAGAGUCUGGAUCCUGCAGGAAGUGGCAAAUGCGAAAAGAGCCGUCGUGUCAUGUAACCUGGGCGAAAUUCCGAGCUGGAUUUUCGCCUUGCUUCCAAGGGUUAUGGAUGUCAAGGUCAGUCAACAGUGUCAAGCUGUUCUGGAUAUCAUGCCCCAUCCAGUGACAACCCCGACUUCACGGGAUCAAAAUCGAAACCUUUGCGGCUUGCUGUACAAAUUCAGAGGAUGUCAGGCCACAGACCCAAGAGACAGAGUUUAUGCAUUACUUGGAAUGGCGGUCGACAUGCAAGAAAGUGGAAUCCGAUCUGAUUACGCAAAGGACGAGCAAAUGUUGAUGCAGGAAUUGUAUGCUUACAUUUUUGGCAAGAAGUGGCCGGCUGUUAAAACCCCAGCAUCCAGUAUCCAAGAAUUUCAACAAAAACUCCCAUAUGUUUCCAGGGACCAACUCCGGAAGAAGCUUAAAGGCACGCGAAGAACAGAUCUGCUAGAACAGUGUCUACUCCGACAGGGCUUGGUAGCCAACAUCGGUCAAGAACAUCUCUUCAAUGUCAUGCGACAUGGAACUUAUUUCACAAAUCUAGUUCUAGACAAGAGUGAAACUCCAUUCCGGGUCUCUUCAGAUGUAGGGUUGCAGUGCCUCCAGAGAUUCCCUGAUGUAUUUGAGAUCCUGCUACAGAGGUCUGACUUUGUGAUUCGCCAAAUGCCGGAUUUGGUCGCUCGAGCUAUGGACUACCGGCCACAAAUCCUGGAACGACUCAUUAGAUCUUCUUCUAAACCAGAAAAGUUGAGGGUUAAAGCUAUUUUACGUGCGAUUCAAAGAGGAUUGCCGACUUGCCGAGCAUUUUUCGACAAUUGCGAAUCUCCUGUCAAAAUAUCACAAGAGAUGGUGAAGAAGGCAAUGUUUUGUCUUCGAGAUGUCCUGCAAUUUAUUCUGAAGGAAGCUCAACAUCCAAUCGAUAUAUUUGAAAAUCUCUCCCUAGAAGCAACUGCCAAAGGGUGCCACAUCCUCGAUGAAUGCGGAAAUCCAGUAAUGAUAACAAAGCAACUCAUUAGUGAUGGCAUUGUGGCUGGGUCAGAUCUUCUUCAGUUAUAUUUAGUCGCUAUGGAAACCCCGGUCGAGCUGGACGAAGAUCUUUUUAUCAAAGCAAUUGACCACGGCUUGGACACACUUGAGUGCAUACUCAGAAGCUGUACAAAGCCUUUCAAUAUAACGAAAAGAGUAUACGUACAGGCUGUUAAAGCAGGGAUCGAAACACUGUCAUGUCUCUUCCCAGGGUCGCCAUUUGAGUUUGAGAUCACAGAAGCUCGUGUAAUCUCCGCCAUUGAAAUCCUGAAUGGAAAUGUAGAGAGCUCACUCAUCCGGACGUCGCUUGUCGAGAGUUUACUCAACCAACGGGGGUCAUUCGUCGGGAAAAUGGACGUCAGCGGGUUAGCCAGGCGCCGAAUCAAAGAGCAAAGGAAGCGUCAUGAGUUUGUUGCAAAGACCAUUCUUCAGCAAUGGAAGGAAAAGCUACAAGUCACAGACAAAAUAAGACUCAUCGCCGAGACUGGUAAGGCCCGUCACAUGAUAAAGAAACAAAAAGCAGAGAAGGACGUUCCAGAAGUUAUGGCGAUAAAAGCAAUCGAAGAUGGCCCUGAAGCUUUUGCUGCGCUGUUCAACAAACGAGGUAUGAAUUUCAGAGUCACUAAGCGAAUUCGUGAGGCAGCUAGCGGGCAUAUGUAUGCUUUUGAAACACUGAGAGCAAAACGCCAAAGUGAAGUAUUCCCGGACUCUAAUCUCAAGUUUGUAUGGUAG